UACUCUCCAGUGUCGGGCGGGAUUUCCGUAACGAGGAGCAAUAAUAUGGCGAAGACUUACGACUACCUGUUUAAGUUGCUGUUAAUCGGGGACUCCGGCGUCGGGAAGACCUGCGUGUUGUUCAGAUUUUCAGAAGAUGCCUUUAAUUCAACGUUUAUUUCAACUAUAGGUAUUGAUUUUAAAAUCAGAACAAUAGAACUGGACGGCAAGAAGAUCAAGCUACAGAUAUGGGACACAGCAGGGCAGGAGCGAUUUCGAACGAUCACGACGGCAUACUACCGAGGCGCUAUGGGGAUCAUGCUGGUGUACGACAUCACCAACGAGAAGUCUUUUGACAACAUCAAGAACUGGAUACGGAACAUAGAGGAGCACGCCUCCGCCGAUGUAGAGAAGAUGGUCCUGGGAAAUAAGUGUGAUGUAAAUGAGAAGAGGCAGGUUUCUAAAGAGCGAGGAGAGAAGCUGGCAUUGGAGUACGGAAUCAAAUUCAUAGAAACCAGCGCAAAGGCAAAUAUCAACGUGGAAAAUGCGUUUUUAGCUCUUGCCAGUGAUAUCAAAGCAAAAAUGGACAAGAAAUUGGAAGGCAACAGUCCACAAGGCAGCAAUCAAGGGGUGAAGAUCACCCCAGAACAACAGAAGAAGAGCAGUUUCUUCCGCUGUGUCGUGCUGUGAGGGUCCGCAGCCUUGCUGGAGCCCUGCACGGCUCAACCAAACCAGACUGCGCUUGCUCCCAGUGCCCUCCCUCCUCCCUCCUACCCCCCCCUCCCCCCCCGGAUUCAUCCACUCCCCUACAGGUCCUGCGCUACUGCGGACAGCCACACUGAGAUUCAACCAUUCCUUCCAACUUGUUUGGGUGUCUUCUGCCAGGGAGGCGGGGUUAGGGUAGAGUGGGGUUCAAAGAGGAACUGCACCGAAGCGGGAAAUGUCCGUGUCGUCUUAGCGAAACAGCAGAACUGUUUUUGAGUUCUCUCUGAUGUUGUUAAAUCUGGUUUUACUCUUCAAGGUCUGCACAGAGCGACCAAGUCCCCUCCCACUUUAGAAUUAUGAAACCUUGAUGAAUUCUAUCCAUUCCACGCAGGGUGUUUUAAUCCCUCUGAGUACCUUGUCAGGUGAGCGAGUUUCGAGAUUUUAAACAUGCAUCCAGCUCAGGGCUCAGGAGCACAUUCCUAGUUGAUCAAAUCACUCUUGAGACCGUCAAUGACGAUAUUCACUCUCUUUCAACGCUCUGCCUUUCUGAAAUGCAAUAAAAAUGAUAACACAGCAGCCUCUAUCAUUUUAUUGCACUUUGAACGCGCCGACAUUUCCCCUUUGGGUUCAGUUCCUUUGUUAAUAAAUAUUAGAAAUCUAAGACUAUUUAUUUUUUGCUCUUAUUGUAUAUUCAGGCUGAAGUCUGCAAGAUUUCUUCACCUUUCUUGACAAAUCAGCUCUGGUUUUCAUAUAGGAGGCAAAUUACUUAAAGGAAAAAAAAAAGUGUUUUGCUUUAUUAAGCGUUCUUUCCUUUAUUCCAAAAAUAAUUCUGCUCCUUAAUUUCACGCCCAUCCACAUUCCUUGAAGACUAGACGCCUCCUAUUAUAGAUGGUAGGUUUAUAUUCCAUUGUUUUAAUGGACGCUUAAUUGUUUUUGGCUUUGAGGGCUUGGCUUAAUUUUCAGAAUAUGUUUUUCAGCAGUUUAGUUUUGAAAUAAUCUCUCCCGUGAAAUUUAACUCUGAUUCAUAAACUUUUCGUGCGUUUUCAAAAAUGAUAUUGCAUAACAAUUUAAUAUUUUUUUAUUUUUUUAUUAAAAUGGUAAGCCAGUAUCCAUACUAGAUCCAUCCUACAAACGCUUUGUCUUUUCAUUUUGUAACUUGCCUAAUUUGUUGUGUUAAUUAAACAGGUGUUUUAUAAUCAUUCAUUUCAACUAGAGAGAGCACUAGUAUUUUUUUUUUUAAAUCUCCCAACCACACUUCUAAGAAAGUAUGACUAAAAUCCUCCACCUCUUGAGCGUUGGUUAGUAUUUACCCUGCUUCACUUGCACUUGAGAAAGCUUAGGGUGGUUUGAGAGAAAGGACAAAGGAUUUCUAAUUUAUUUUCAUAGACUGGGGACCAUUUUUAAUUUUUUUUUUCUAUCCCUGUCCUCAUCUUGCAGUCCCUUUCCAUAAAGACAGUGGAUUGAUUUAAUUGUGUGAACCAGAUUUUGUUAACAGUAUUCAGUGCAUGCUUUUCACUUCUGUCUUCGCACCUUCUAAUAAAAACCACUGAUUUUUUUGCUUGAGAGAGGUUUGCAAAUUCAGGAGCCUGUUCAAACAAACCAGCAAAGUAUCUCUCUACUCGCAAUACAGAUGCAAACCUUCCUAAAGGAAGCCGCUUGUGUGUAAAUACCCAGCAGUCAGGUGCUCUACCAUGACAGUCCCAUGGGGGAAGAGGAAUUAAUCUGGGAGCAAUUCCACAGAUGGAUUAAAGGGUCUUAAAGAGUAAAACUACCAUUGUGAUUGUGCAAAACCACGGCAUGCACAACAGGAAGCGGUGGGAAUGUUGCAGCUUGUUGGGGAACUCUUUGACUCAAGCAUGCCCGCUCCAUUCCCCUCCUUUCUUAACCAGCAGACUCCUUCAUCCGUUGCAAUCACUCUUAAUUCAGUUUGUCUCUCUUUAUUUGUGUUGUGUAUUCAAGGGGCUUGCAGUGAAGGAGGCUGGAUUACAUAUCCCUGGCUUUUGAUGUUACUGUUCAGGCUGUGUUGCGAUAAGUGUCAUUGUACCAGUAUGUAUGCAUACAUUAACUCUUGUAGAUUCUAUAUUGUUGGGUAGUUACGACCCGUACUUGUUUGAAAAGCUGUACUAUAAGCAUGCCAUACAGUAUAUUUAAUUUUUGCUGGCAUAACCUUUGCUUUCAAUAUUUCCAGUCACAUCAUACAAAAACUAGGUUUGCCAACCCCAAUUUAUAAUGGUAAUAAAAUAAAAUUAGCCCAGAUACUUAUUAUAUAUACAUUUGACAGCAUGUACACAUACUUAUAAAUUGAUUUGUAUAAUAUUUCAGUACAGAUAGCAAGACCAAUAAAUAUCAAUGCACAAUACUGGCCUCUGUUGGCAACAGGUGGGACUGCGGGCAGUGUUUGUGAGUUUUAUUGAGUACAGUAGUGUGUGAACUAGCUGUCACUUGCAAUAGUGACCUGAAAUCAAAGUAAUCAGUAUUACAUUAGACCCAGAAGGGUUUUACUUGCUUGAAUAACUAGUUAUGUGUGUUUCUCUAACGAUGCAGCCCUGCAGCCUAAAAGAAUAUCAUUUGACACUUAACAAGAUACUUAGGUUCUGCAAAACAUGAAAGACUUGAGGCCCAAUGCACUUUAUAGCCAAUUGUUUUAAUGAUGGCUAUUGCAUUAACCCAUUGGAUCUGUGCUUUUAAAGAAUGGCUUUAAUUACUUCAUCACAGCUAGUGAAUGCUUUGUAGCUUUAGACAUGGUAUAUAUUGACCCGAGUACAGACCAAUGCAACUCCCUUAAUUUUAAAAGGAUUAUUCUCCAAAUGAAUCUUGAUGUUUAAUGAGUGCCUUUUUACUUGCAUGGCUGAAGACUCACCCAUUUGAAUCACAUUUGACUGUCUUUCGGAUAUCAGGAUCUGAUCUUCAGAAUCGUACCCCUCCUCUCUCCGUCGCAGGCCACAAGCAGCAGGUGCUGAUAUUCUGUUUAGAUGUCUGUGUUGGAUUCCAAGUAGGGCUUACAUUUAUACCCGAGGGCAACCUGCACUUGUUCUUGUGGGAGAUCUUGUACUGAGUCUUUUCUCUAUCCAUUAUGUGGUUAGCCAGUGAGUGAUUGUGUUUUUUUUUUUUUUUAAAGCUGUUCUUUUGACCACUUCAGUGCUGUGUUAAAGGGAUGAUCAGGAGUUUUCCCUAAAGACACUCCAAUUCCCAGCAUCCCUUUGUGAUUGCCCAUUGACGCUCCUUAUUUUAUCUUACCAACAGGUGGUGUCCGUCUCUACUUCGAUACUGCUUUUUAAAAGAUUCUGCACUUGCUAGAACUGCUUUCAGCGUUUAAAUACUUGCUGUUCUGUCCUAUGCAUCUUGCAACAGCAGUAAAAAAAAAAAAAAAAAAAAAAAAUGAAAAAGUGUAUGCAGUCCAGCACUGAAGGAUCCAAAUACUGCACAACUGUUUAAACUGGGAAUGCAUUAUUUUUAUUUUUGUUUUGCUACUGCAUCUGUAAUACUUAAAAGAUGAAUUUUUCUUAGUCUCUUCUUCCUCUUCGAAAAACUGUAAAAGGAGGGUGGAUCCAGAGGCAGUAUUGUUUACAAUGCUUUUUGUUUUUCUUUGCACACUCCAUCGCUUAUUAGCUUUAAAAAUAAAAGAAAAAAGUACUGUGUCCGAAAAAAUAGAUUCCAGUGUCAAUAUUCAUGUAUGAGAAUGUUUUUGGUUUUAUUUUGUUUUUACCAGCGGAUUGCUAUCCAAUCAUUCGCAUAAAUGAAACACUUUGCAUUCAUCAUCUCUGUGUCAUUUUAUUACCUUGUUCCACCUUCUCCUUGAUUUUUUAUGAUGUUUGCCAUCGCUGAUUGUGAUCCUGGGCUCUAAUGCACAAUAUUGAGUUAUCAUGUUCCUAUAGAUCUGCCUCUUACCUUUGAGCUCGUCUGGCAAACCGCCUAGCUCUGAGUAGAGUACAGGAGGCUGUGUGGUCCAGUGGCUAAAGAAAGGGGCUUGUAACCAGGAGGUCCCCGCAAAUCCCACCUCAGCCACUGACUCACUGUGUGACCCUGAGCAAGUCACUUAACCUCCUUGUGCUCCGUCUUUCGGGUGACACGUAAUUGUAAGUGACUCUGCAGCUGAUGCAUAGUUCACACACCCUAGUCUAAGUCGCCUUGGAUAAAGGCGUCUGCUAAAUAAACAAAUAAUAAUAAUAAUAGACUUCCUCAUUGCAUGCAAAACAGGAGACAAUGAGACCUAUUCCUGAGUAUAUAGAGGGUGAGCAUGUGGGACAAACCUGGAUGAAAGGCCUUAUUGUCACAUGAUUUGAAUGGAAUGAGGCAGUCUGUUCAGUUCCAGGCUGUUAGCAUUCUCCAGACAAGCUCACAGACCAGUAAAGACAGAAACUCGAUAUUGGAUCAAGGGAACCCAGAACCACUCCACAGUAUUGCAAACAUCAUCCAAAGGGAAGGGAAAGGUGACCAGAUGAGUCGAAUUACACGUGUGCUUUUUAAGCACGUCCCAAUUGUUUAGCCCCACCAAGCAGUUGCUAUUACUCAAAAGACCCUGAGGUUGACCAUGUGAAGUAUAUUUGGUGAAUUACCAUGAAUAUGCAGAACAUGUUGAAAUAUCUUUUACACUCUGUUUGUAUUUGGUUGAAGUGGCUGAUUGUGUUUUAAUAUUUUUGUAUUAUAAUUUUUUUUUUUGUAUAACUUGACAUUCCUUUGGCUUGAUCACUCUUUUAUUUUGUCUUUAUUUUGUGUUGAUCGUAUGUAAAGGGUAUGUGGGGAGAACGUAAUCGCGUUCCAAAGACAAUUGCAAAUAACAUUUACCUGAAAAAAAAAAAGUCACAAAUGAUCUACUUGGAUUGUACUGUACUUUAUAAAAAAAUAAAAAAUAAAAAAAAAAUCUUACUGAAUUUAUCUACAGAUAUUGUAGAUUAUGUGUACUUUUGAUGAUUUAUUAAAAUAAGAUUCUUUUAAAA